AUUUUUACGAAACUGGUCAGAUUUUGAUUAUCUGCAUGACAGCGUAUCAAUCACGACAACUUCAACAACUAAAAAGCUUCGAAAUCGAUGCAAGCUUCAAACGUGUCCAAGGUGUUAUUAAGGAAUGGGAAAUAAACGCGUUCAUCGAACGUUACAAUAAAACCUUACCCUUUGCUCGAGUCUUCACGGAUGUUGAGACUGCUAAUGCAUACGAACAUGUGUUUACGGAAGUCUUCUCUAUUGUGGAAAAUGAUGUGGGUCACAGAUUAAAGUUUCACCACAUAGAUGGUGAGGGCGUUCAAAAGAUUGUUGCAGAUGCUCACGAGGGACAAGCAAAAGGAUUAGGUCUUUAUUUACAUAAAAUAGAUCCUAGUCGCACCACCACCGAACAUCUUGAACAUAUAUAUCAAACUUGUAUAGUGCAUUAUAAUUGGAAUAUUAGGAAUAAAAAAAUUCCUGAAGAAGUAAAGAAAAUGAUGUAUGCGAUACCGAAUCAAGAAACCGAAGCACAAGUCCAACUGCUUUUGUACCAAAUCGAGUCGAGUGAAAUUCCUGAAGCAAUCAAUUGGGUUCGUGACAAGCGCGAUCCAUGGAUGUUGGCUAGUAUUUCACUUGUUUACUCCAAAAUGUCUCGAGAGGUUUGGAAUUUACCACCACACAACACCAAUGCCAGUGAGAGUGCUCAUGCUAAUAUAAACUUAGAUGGAAAAUCCCUCUCCCUGCUUUCAGCUAUCCUAAAAGGACGUGAUUUUGAUUACCAUCAAUGGCAAACAAUUGAAACACUCGAACAAUAUAAUAUUGGUGAUUCUAUAAAUAAUUCACUCGUUUACCGUCAAACUGCUGCUGCCAGGCGAUCUCAGAAACGCAAAGUUAUAAGGAACACUCCAACUAGAAGAACACGCCGCAUGACAACGCAACACCAAUCAGUGGGCUCUGAAGAACCUACAUUGAAUAGUGUCAACGUUAGUGUAAAUAUUGAUGUCGAGGCAGAGGAACGACGUAAUGAAUUACUACGUGAACGAGUACAGAUGACGAGAGAAUUGCUGAACAUGGAAAAGGAACUUAGUCAAAUUCGAAAUCAACAGUA